UCUCGUUGGUGAGACAUCUGCCUUCGAUAUAGAUACAUAAACCACAUUGCAAGAGGCUCAUUUCUGUUGGAAACAUCUCAAAGAGUGUUCACGACAAUGUUGGUUUUAGCAUUACUGCUAUCUUUUCUCGUUUAUUUUGUAACUUGCGAAGAUGAACAAACUAUUGCCUUGAAAUUUCUUGGCCAUUAUGGAUACAUCUCAUCCGCACGAAGUGGUAACCACGAUGUGGCGACCGCAAUCCGAGGGUUUCAGAAGUUCUAUGGUCUCCCAGCGAGUGGCAAGCUCGAUGAAGCAACAAUUAGCCUCAUGAAGAAGCCUCGAUGUGGUAUGGCGGACCCUGUUGAAGACGGCAAACGCGUGCGAAGGUACACUAUUAAUGGAGAGUGGAAAAAGAAGCAUUUGACGUAUUUUGUGCAGCACGGCUACGAUCUGCCCAAUGAUCAACAAACGGUCAUCUUUGGUCGAGCAUUUCAGUUCUGGGCUGUUGUUUCCGGGUUGUCAUUUAGCGAGGUUAACGAUGCUAGGAACGCUGACAUAAAGAUAAGUUUUGGACGCUAGAGUCACGGAGGGACUGGUGUAGAACGAACUUGUCCAUAUCCCUUUGACGGAUCCGGUGGUACUCUAGCGCAUGCGUACUAUCCUACCGACGGACGAGCUCAUUUUGAUGAGGAUGAAACCUUUACUCACGACACAUCAAGUGGUACCAACCUUCUAUGGGUGGCAACACACGAGUUUGGUCAUUCCUUGGGACUAGCUCACUCUAACGUCCGUGGUGCCAUCAUGUACCCCUACUAUACAGGCUAUGUACCAAACAUGCAACUUCAUUCUGACGACAUUGCAGGCAUACAGUAUUUGUACGGUUAG